AUGGGUUCUGCGAUGACUCCGCUCGAUUUGACCCUAGAGAAGGUCGGGAUGGGCCCAUACCAAUGGAAACUAUUAGUCUUAUGUGGCUUUGGAUGGCUGUGUGACAACAUGUGGCUUCAAUCGGUUGCUGUGAUUUUGCCCAGGGUUCAAGUACAUUUUCGGAUUACAGAUCGAUGGAUCGGUUUACUCUCUACUUCCAUCUUCUUUGGAAUGAUGAUUGGGGCAUGGAUAUGGGGGAGCUACUCGGAUACGUAUGGUCGUCGAGGUCCUUUCAAUGGAACAUUACUAAUGACUGCGAUCUUUGGACUUUGCUGUGGCUUCGCGCCUAGCUUCGGAUGGCUGUGCUUCUCCUUGAUUGGACUUGGGAUAGGCGUUGGCGGCUCAAUGCCAACAGAUGGCACAUUAUUCCUGGAAAAUAUUCCGAAAACGCGCCACUAUCUUCUCACCGGGCUUUCCGUGUUUUUUUCUUUCGGGGCUGUCAUAUCUUCAUUUUUGGGGCUAUUGAUCCUUCCUGGAUCUAGUUGCAAAGAGCCACCUCCAGGUCAAACUUUGUUGUGCAACUCCGAAGUUGAUAAUCUUGGUUGGAGAUACUUGCUGAUCACGCUAGGUGUACUCACUUUCAUAAUGUUUGCUUGUAGAGUGGCACUGUUCAGCAUAGAAGAAUCACCAAAGUACUUGAUUUCAAACGGGCGGGCGGCCGACGCAGUUGUAGUUUUGGAGGUCAUUUCGGCUCAAAAUGGAACAGGUCUGACGAUUACAGAGGCUGAUGUAGAAGACAAUUCGCCUGGAGAGGCUUCAGCUUUUCAUCAUCAAUAUAGCCCACUGGGAGACAGUCCACAACCAAAUGACACUAGCCCCCGCCCGAGGCCGAAGACUUCUUUAUUAGACGGAUCCGUGGGUUGGAAGGCGUCAAUCACACGAGGCAUUCAUAACUUGACAUAUCGGGUUGGACUGCUAAUGACCCCAGAAUUAAAAGUCACGACACUCUUAGUUUGGGCAAUUUGGACAGUAGUCUCAUUUGCUUACACUUCAUUCAACGUAUUUCUACCAGCUUACCUCGAGAAACGGCAUCCAGAAAAGAGCGAUAUAGAAGAGACCUUGAAGGAGUAUUUGUUUUAUACAAUAGCUGGGUUAGUUGAACUAGAUACCAAUUUGAGAGAUCCAAAAACCGGCAGCAAAUAUUGA